AAAAAAUGAUAUAACGUUUCGUUGGUACUGCAACAAAAUUCCAUCGAAUUUGUUUCAAUUAACAACACUACAACUUCAUAACCUUUCCCUUCAGAUCAGAUCUACAACCUCUCCUUUCGCAUAUUCACUAUGGAUUUCAUGAAAGUUUUCGAUCAAACCGUUCGAGAAAUAAAGCGAGAGGUGAAUCUGAAGGUGCUUAAGGUUCCCGAAAUCGAACAGAAGGUGUUGGAUGCAACUGAUGAUGAACCUUGGGGUCCUCAUGGUACUGUGCUGGCAGAGAUUGCACAGGCUACCAAAAAAUUUACUGAAUGUCAGCUGGUUAUGAAUGUUCUUUGGACAAGAUUGAGUGAAACUGGAAAGGAUUGGCGAUACGUAUACAAGGCAUUAGCUGUUAUAGAGUAUUUGGUAUCACAUGGUUCUGAACGUGCAGUUGAUGACAUUAUAGAACAUACUUUUCAGAUCUCUGCACUCUCUAGUUUUGAGUAUGUUGAGCCUAGCGGGAAGGAUGUGGGGCUCAAUGUAAGGAAGAAGGCAGAAAACAUUGUGAACCUUUUGAAUGAUAGAGAAAAGAUUCAUGAAAUCAGAAAUAAAGCUGCUGCAAACCGUGACAAGUAUGUUGGAGUUUCAUCUAGUGGAAUCACAUACAAAUCUGGAACAACCUCAUUUAGUAGCGGCAGUUCACAAAGCAGUAAUAAAUAUGGAGGUUUUGGUUCAAGUGGUGAUAGGUUUAGUGAUAGCUAUGGAGACAAGGGGCGCUAUGAUGAAGGAAAAGUAGACAAAGAUUACUCUGCAAAAUCACGCCCUGGUGUCUCAAGUAGCGAUCGAGAGAAUUCCUUCAAGAAGGGUUCUGCACGGUCUGUCAGCAAAAGUCAGGAGAAAACAUCAUCUAGAGUAUCAAAGUCAUCUGCUAAUGCAAGUUCAGUUCCUUCUCAAAGUUCAAGUGUACCUGCAAACAAUACUGAGGAUGACUUUGAUGAUUUUGAUCCGAGAGGAACGUCUACUAAGACUUCAGCUGGAAGCUCAAACCAGGUUGAUCUCUUUGGACAAGAUUUGAUUGGUGAUCUCAUGGAUGCUCCGACAUCUGUUUCUGUAGAAAAGGCAGCAACUAAUAAUGCGUCAGAGGUUGAUCUCUUUGCAGAUGCGGCAUUUGUAUCAGCAUCACCACAUGUGGACAAAGGAGCUAGUUCUCAACCACAGGGUGAAGUGGAUCUUUUUUCUUCACAACCAGCCAUUCCUUCAGUUUCACCAACAGUUGACUUGUUUUCCAUUCCUGAACCAGUUGUGCAGCCUGAGAGCAAGUCGGAAAACUCUGGUCCUGUGAAUAAUAGCACUUUUGAUCCCUUCGCUUCUGUUCCGCUUAAUAAUUUUGAUGGAUCUGAUGUUUUUGGUGAUUUUACUUCUCAAUCUGAUUCUGUAUCGUCACAGCCCUCAACUAAUGUUGUCACCGAUGGUAGUCAUGGUAAUACGAGUGGUAAAUCUUUAGCGAACUCUAAUGUUUCACCUAAAAAGGAUGCUUUUCAGGUGAAGUCUGGCAUUUGGGCUGAUUCACUAAGCCGUGGAUUGAUUGAUCUCAAUAUAUCUGCUCCCAAAAAAGUAUCCCUUGUAGAUGUUGGAAUUGUAGGUGGAUUAAGUGAUGGAUCUGAUGAAAAGGAGAAAGGCCCUCCAACUACAUUUUAUAUGGGGAGAGCUAUGGGUUCAGGAUCUGGUCUUGGUAUGUCUGGUGUCACUCCUUCACAGACAACAGCCGGAGAUGACAUAUUUUCAAACUUUGGCAGCCAAAAUUAUCAAUUUGGUGGGUUCCAAAAGUAAAAUUAACUAAUUGUAUACUGGUCCCAUCACAUUUUCACUCAUUCUUUGUGUCGGCAUAUCAAGACUGUUUUGCAUGGUGGAUUUUGUUAAUAUAAAUCUCUCUCACUAUUGUGAAUUUGUGACUAUAUUAUUGUUUUAAAUUCAUGUUACUGUUGCAUCUUAAUGUUGUUUUUGCAUCUGAUUGAUUACAAGAUCCAUCAGAUUGCAGUGCCCAAAUAUCGGGUGACGCUUGCUUUGAUUUAUAAAAUCUGUAGAUGCCGUUAGCCUUAA